GAAUGAGUUAUUCUUGUAGCAGCACAGAGCCUGUUUGCUGCACGGUUUAUUAGCCAGCGUGCAACUAAAAGCUGCGACGCAAGUAAAUCGGCUUCUGCGGCGACGACGCCGAGAACAUCAGAAAGCCUCAGUUCCUGUCAGGUUGCGCACCGAACAGCAUUCUUCUGUUGGACAUGAAAGUGCAGCAGGGCUGCAACUCAUCAGACAUGGGGAUCCCGGUUAGAACUGAAGAAGAAUUGCGCAGAAAUUCCGUAAUAACGCCCGAUGAUGUGCUCGGGCUACAGAAGAUCACCAAGAAUUAUCUUUGUUCUCCAGAAGAAAAUGUCCACAUGAUCGACUUCACCAGGUUUAAGAUCCGUGAUAUGGAAACAGGGACGGUCCUGUUUGAGAUUACCAAACCUCCAACACCAGCAGGAGGCAGAAAGCACUGCGACCCUAACGCUGGCCGUUUUGUUCGAUACCAGUUCACCCCAGCCUUUCUGCAGUUGCGGCAGGUUGGAGCCACCGUGGAGUUCACAGUGGGAGACACACCCAUCAACAACUUCCGUAUGAUUGAGAGACACUACUUCCGCGAUCAGCUGCUAAAGAGCUUCGAUUUCGAGUUUGGCUUCUGCAUGCCAAGCAGCAAGAACACGUGCGAGCACAUUUACGAGUUCCCCGCGCUGUCCGAGGACAUCAUGCGCGAGAUGAUCCUGCACCCUUAUGAAACCCAGUCUGACAGCUUCUACUUUGUGGACAAUAAGCUGGUGAUGCACAACAAGGCAGACUAUUCCUACAGUGGGGGGCCAUAAGAAGACUUUCCUCUACCUUUCAUUCCACCCUGCUCUAGACAUUUUCCUUGUACCACUUCAGGACCAGAAACAGAUGAACUAAUGGACAAUUCACUGACAGUAAACGCUCUUGUCUCACUCCUGUUAACUCCAUAAAUUUCCAUUCAGGUAUUCAGCUGCCAGACCAAUAGAUUUCUCCCUUUGCCCCUUUGCAGAAACAUCGACUCCUGCCAGUUUGAUCAUCAGUUGCAUCAGAGUGUGUGAGUGAGUGUGUGGGCAGCAAACACAUGCAGUGUCUGUACAUACUGUUGAUUUCAGUCUCUAUAUGUGGGUUCCACUUGAUCAUAAGGAAUACUUGUUGAUUCAUUUACAUUUUGUGUGUUUUGAUAGCUAUUAAUAUGAAGGGAAAAAGGGCAACAGUGAGUCAGAAACGCACCAUGAGGCAUAGAGAGAAAUAAAGUUACCCUAAAAAAAGUUUAAUAAUAAUGAAUCCACUCAGAUGUACAUUUAUAUAGUUUGUAUAGAAAGCUCAUACAUUUUUAUUCCUGAAGUUUCUUAAAUUCUAGUAGCACACAUCUGAAUGAUUCAUUAUGUCGUCGUUUAUUUGAACAACAAACAGAAAUGUAUACUUUGUCCAUGUGAACGUGUCAUUUGUUGUAUGUUUUCAUGUAGUACUAGAACUACUUCAGGAGUAUUUUUAAAUAAAUAGCCACUUUGAAGUGUCAGAAAACCUAUAGGCCUACCAUACCAAUUUUGAUAUCCAGUACGUUCUCUGUAGUACUGAACUCUGUGUAUACUUUAGUUAUGAUAAAUGUUUUAAGUAUAAAAUGAAAAAGUAUGUAAAGUUUUGACAGCGGAAAUUCCAUCACUGCAAUAAAUAUGGGUUUUUAUCGGAA